UUCAGCAUCCCUCCGUCCUUUCUCACUUUAAUUAUUCGUCCCAGACUUAAAACCGCCUAUAUUUUCAAGUUCAAAUUUUUCAUUUGCGCUUCUUGCCUUUUUCUCUCUAUCUUCUAUAUUCUCUAAUACUUUCAAUUCUGGGUUACAUUUCAACUUCAAGCUUUGUUGGAUCUGCUUACAAUGGAAAUGGAGGAUCUCGAAUCCGCUCAAACUGAUUGUUUCUCUCUCAUCGACGUUUCCGCUUCCGAUGAUGAUUUUCUUUUGGCCUCCUCCUCAGAAGCCAACAUUGUUGACAAUCAAGGUCGUAUGUUUGCUGAAGGAGUACCUUUAAACCUACCAUCUAGCACUUCGGCUUUAAAUGGACCAAAAAGAACUGGCAAGUGCAAUCUUCGCAAAAGUUUGGCUUGGGACAGUGCAUUUUUUACAAAUGCUGGAGUUCUUGAUCCAGAGGAGUUGUCUAGCAUAAUUGAGGGAGCUGAGACGAGUGUGAAACAAAAUCAAUCUCUUCCCGGCAUCCAAGAGGAAUUAAGCAAAUCAACCGAUUCAGUCUCCACCUUUCAGAGCGAUAAUUUGACACUGGAAAGUCUCGAGGCUGAUCUUUUCUCUGAUAUAAGAGCUUCAAUUCAGAGAUGCAGUAAGUCUUCUGCCACAGGAAUGAGUCCUGGCUCUAAAGUCCAUGGAGAGGAAGAAUCCACAAAUGCCUGUUCAACGAAGAUAGUUGAGCCUUCGCGCAAAAUGGCAAAGCCCAAAUCAGCCUCCAACAAACUUAUGUCUGGUGUACAACGGCCUGUGAGAACAUUGAAACCAGUGUCUGUUUCUAAACAAGAGACAAAGCCUCCUGUCAGCCGUAGCAGAGAGCCUAGCUCAUUACUUCCUAGGCCACUUAAUAAGGCAGCUGGUGAACCAAAUUUGAAAGUAGCAGCAACCCCCAAAAGGAUGUCGGUUGGUGCUGGUCGUGUUAAAGUAGAUGCUAUUGCUGCAGAAAGUGUAAAAGUGAAAGGAUCUUCAUUGCCAGAAGCUCCCCGUCAAGUUAAUUCAAGAAAGCCUUUACCUAAAGCUCCAGCUUCGUCCAAAAUUCCUGCACCUUCUUCAGUAUUGAACAGAACCACAACACGCAGUUCACGCUCUUCAUGUGACAGCUCUAGUAGCUCUGCGUCUGAGAAUGUUCGAAAAUCCCAUUUAGGUGCUAUCAAAGGAAUGAUGGUCAAGAACGUCAAUGUGGCAUGUGGUUCCAAAAUCAGAACCUCAUCUAAACUUAUUGAAAAGGCUAGAUCUCAGAAUAAGGAUUCCCGUCUCUCAGCAUCUUUGAAGUCUGCAUCAGAUCUUUCUCCUAGUAUAUCACCAGCGAGCUCAAUUAGCGAAUGGUCUACAGAGUCAUCUUCUUCAACGGCUACAGUUAAUCAAAAGCAUUUUGGCGUGAAUCCUUACCCCCCUUCCUCCCAAGAUGUUACUGUCGAUAGCAAUAUUACUCGAACACUGCGUAAUCUAUCCAGCGAUAGAGCUUUGAGUGAACAUGACAAUAAGGUACCACAAAUAUUCAGCCAAUCCGCGAAGCAAACACCUUCAACAGGGAGUGUUGUGUCCAAUACACGCUCAGGCUCUGUAUCUAGUCAAUUAGUAAAACAACAACCUUCGACAGGGAGUGUUGUGUCCAAUAAUCGCCCAGAUUCUGCCAAACCAUCAGGUCUUCGGAUGCCAUCACCGAACAUUGGUUUUUUUGAUGGGGUAAAAGCUGGUGCCAGGACUCCUAGUAGUUCACGAUCUCGAUCUACCUUGCCAAGCAGUCUUCCUAGAUCUGCGGCAGGCACAUUUAGCCCUUCUGGCACUUCAAACAAGACGAAACUUGCCACUGGUGCUUCUAGAUUGACUGCAGCAGGAGGAGCUGGAAGAGCCAAGCUUAAACAGCAGACUGACACAAACCUCAAAACAGCUGCUUGUUUACUGGACCAAUUUGUUGAUUUGCAAACUCCCUCUGUUGCUAAGCACAUUGAUAACAAUUCUAAAACUUCCUCAGAGUUCCUGAGAAGUACUCCGCCCAAGUCAGCUCUAGAAAGAAACAAAGUAAUUCCUGAAGCAUCUGAUUUAAGAAACCUUGUUCCUGAUUGUGGGUUAGUGUACGAAGAUAAGUUAACUAGUGAUCUUGUCACUGUUGAUAGUGUUGAGACUUCCUCAGAACUUUUGACAAGCAUUUCACCAAAGUCAGCUGUAGGAGCUAUCAAUGACAUUCCUGAAGCAUCUGUUCCAGGAAAACAUGUUUCUGAUUCUUGGCAAGUGGGCAAAUAUAACUUUGCUUGUGAUCUUCUAACUGUCACAACUGAAGACGGACCCAAACCUGACUCUCAAAACUUUGAAGCAGACCUCAAAUCAUGUGUACAGGAUAACUUAGUGGAUUUGGAAAAUCCUACCAGUAAACUUCCUGAAAGUAAUUUAUCCAAGUCAGUCUUAGAGAUAGAUAGUGAAGUUGCCAAAGCAACAGAUGGUGGGAAGCAGGUUCUUGAGCUUGCUUUGAAGGCCAAAGAUGAUAUAGUUGCUUCUGAGGAUGAAGCAAGCCCACAAGGGAAGUUGCUCAUUACUCUUGAUCUGGAAAAGAUUUCCACCAAUGAACUCAAAGCUGACUCCCAAAGCAUCAAUCCUAACGUUCCGCCAACUGCUCAACUACAAGGCUGUUCAGCUGAUUUGCAAGGUGCCUCACAAGCUAAGAAUACUGAUAUUGGAUCUGGUUCUUCCUCUGUACUCUCAAAUGGUACCUCAUGUAUGCCUGCCUUUAAACCAAAUAGUGAAGUACAUGAUGGAGAGAAAGAUGCUCUUCCUGAUUUUGGUUCAGUGGUCGAGGAUGACUUAAUUGCUCCAGAAACAGAAAAAAUAUUGCAUUCAGCUAAUCAUCUGGUAGCCGUUGUCUCUGAAGAUGGAUCAAAUAUCUUGGAUAGAAUUGAUUGUGUUAAAACAGAAUGUGCUAGUCCACAUUCUACCACGGAGCAGAGUAAUAGAAGCAAUGGCAGCAUUUCUUACAAUCUCAUUUCAUCUCAUCAAGUUGAUGAAGCUGAUAAUCUUGAUUUUGUUGGUCACCAUACACAGCAGGAUGACAGUGAAAUUAUGGGGCACAGUGCUACUGAUGAGAAUCAAUGUUUAGAAAGUGUUGUGGUGGAGUCCGAGGAAGAUGCCUUUAAACUGAUUAGUGAAGUAGAUGAUGAGGAGAAACAUACUCUUCCUGAUUUUGUUUCAGUGGUUGAGGAUGGCUUAGUUGCUCCAGAAACAGAGAAAAUAUUCCAUUCGGCUAAUGAUCUGGUAGAUGUUACCUCUGAAGAUGGAUCAGAGAUCUUGGAUAGAGCUGAUUGUGUUAAAAUAGAAAGUGCUAGUCCACGUUUUAACAUGGAGCAGAGUAAUAGAAGCAAUAGCAGCACUUUUUACAAUCUCAUUCCAUCUCAACAAGUUGAUGAGGCUGAUAAUCUUGAUUUCGUUGGUCACCAUACACAGCAGGAUGAAGGUGAAAGUAUGGGGGACAAUGCUAUCGAUGAGAACCAAUGUUUAGAAACUGUUCUGGUGGAGUUCAAGGAAGAUGCCUUAAAACCGAUUAGUGAAGUGGAUGAUGGGGAGAAACAUACUCUUCCUAAUUUUGGUUCAGUGGUUGCAGAUGACUUAAUUGCUCCAGAAACAGAAAAAAUAUUGCAUUCGGCUACUGAUCUGGUAGCUGUUGCCUCUGAAGAUGGAUCAAAUAUCUUGGAUGGAACUACUGAUUGGAUUAAAAUAGAAUGUGCUCGUCCACAUUCUAGCAUGGAGCAGAGUAGUAGAAGCAACAGCUGCACUUUUUACAAUUUCACUCCAUCUCAAGAAGUCGAUGAGGAUGAUAAUCUUGAUUGUGUUGGUCACCAGGCACAGCAGGAUGACAGUGAAACUAUGGGGCACAGUGCUACUGAUGAGAACCAAUGUUUAGUAACUGUUCCGGUGGAGUUCAAGGAAGAUGCCUAUGAUGAAAUCCAAUUGGAGGGAUUCAGUAGUAAUAUGGAUUCCAGAGACAACAAGGUGGAGAUGCCGGAAAAAUUAGACAGAAAUCUUCAGUCCGACUCUAUGCUUUUUGACAAGGUCACCUCUGGUUUCUCAUCUUUCAUGGAGCCGUGUGAUCAUAAAGAAAAUGAGUCUGCACAACUUGCGAGCCUGAUUUCAUGCUCUCCUUUGCCCUCCUUAGAAGUCGGUUAUGCGGCAAGGACUCCUUUUAAGAUAAAGAAUACAGUACCUAAUUUGGUUGAGCUCAGCAACCCAGCCACUGGAUCAGCCACCGAAGCAUUCUUGAAGGUUGAUGUUGUGCCUUCGUUAGAAAAUAGUCAGAAGGAAACUUAUUGAUUUUGGUUGUAUUAAUGCAAUUUAACUUUAAUUUGCAAGGUAACAUGUACUUAAUGUUUCACAAGUUAUACUUGCUCUUUUACAUAGUAUAAAUGGACGAUUAAAGAAGAUUAUUGUCA